CUCCUUUUCAGCUUUCACCGCCCGCCGCCGGAGUUUUCUCCGGCGCUGCUGUUAAUUUUCAGUAUCUCAAUUGUUUAAUCUCUGCCCCUCCCUCCACGCUGACGGAUUCUCCAAUGUUGUCAUCACCAAAUUCUUUUCAUUUUCCCCCCCUUGUUAACUCCCACGUUGCCCUGUCCCCUGCUGAUUUCCCCAAAGAUUUUCCCUCCUUUAUUUAUACCAGAGAUUUUCCCUCGCGCUUCCCCACACAAGAAGAGAGCCAAGAGAAGAACCCACCAGGCAGAGCUUCAGCUUUAGUGAACACGCCCAAAAAUGGCGAGCAUCGCUUCUAGUUCUUGCUCUUCCGGCGUUGGGAUUCAGAGCAGGGGAAUCGCCGGCGGAGCUUCUUCUUUGACCCAAUUCAAUGGCCUCCGCCCAAUUGACUCGAUUCAAUUGUCCCCUUCUAUCACUAGCCCUCCUGCAUUCCUCUCUUCUUCAGCUCGCAAGUCGAAGGGAACGGUGAGGGCGAUGGCGUCGCCGGCGGUUUCGGCUCCGAAGAGGGAGAAUGAUCCGAAGAAGAGGGUGGUGAUAUCGGGGAUGGGAUGUGUCUCUGUUUUCGGCAACGACGUCGACACAUUCUACAACAAGCUUCUAGAAGGGCAGAGCGGAAUCACCCUGAUUGACAGGUUCGACGCCUCGGAUUUCACCGUACGAUUCGCCGGCCAGAUUCGCGAUUUCUCGUCCGUUGGGUACAUCGACGGCAAGAACGACCGCCGGCUGGACGAUUGCUGGCGGUACUGCCUCGUCGCCGGCAAAAGGGCACUGGAAGAUGCCAGCCUCGGCUCCCAAGUCCUCGAAACUAUGGACCGGACGAGGAUUGGUGUACUGGUGGGAACGGGAAUGGGAGGACUAACGGCGUUUAGUGGCGGAGUGGAGGCCCUAGUCCAAAAGGGCUUCAAGAAAAUGUCGCCGUUCUUCAUCCCUUACUCCAUCAGCAACAUGGGCUCGGCCCUGCUGGCCAUCGACACGGGCCUGAUGGGCCCAAACUACUCCAUCUCCACGGCCUGCGCAACCGCCAACUACUGCUUCUACGCCGCCGCCAACCACAUCCGAAGAGGCGAGGCCGACGUCAUGGUCGUCGGCGGCACCGAGGCCGCCGUCAUUCCCGCCGGCAUCGGCGGAUUCAUCGCUUGUCGGGCGCUGUCCCACCGGAAUGACGAGCCGCAUAAGGCUUCUCGGCCCUGGGACAGUGACCGCGAUGGCUUUGUCAUGGGCGAAGGCGCUGGUGUUCUGGUAAGUUUUCGUGUGGUUCACUAAUACGAUUCAAAUAAUUUGUCUUCAAAUCAUAUUCGUUUAAUCUGAUGAAUAUGUUGUUUUUUGGGUUUACUUUCAGGUAAUGGAGAGCUUGGAGCAUGCGAUGAAAAGGGGAGCCAACAUAAUUGCAGAGUACUUGGGUGGUGCAGUGACCUGUGAUGCUCAUCAUAUGACUGAUCCUAGGAAAGAUGGCCUUGGAGUUUCCUCUUGUAUUACCAAGAGCUUGGAAGAUGCUAAAGUUUCUCCAGAAGAGGUGAACUAUGUGAAUGCACAUGCAACAUCAACGUUGGCAGGGGAUUUGGCAGAGGUGAAUGCGAUCAAGAAAGUGUUCAAGGACACAUCCGAGAUCAAGAUGAAUGGAACUAAGUCGAUGAUCGGGCACGCGCUUGGAGCUGCAGGAGGGCUGGAAGCAAUUGCAACCAUCAAGGCAAUCACAACUGGAUGGGUGCACCCAACCAUCAACCAAGAUAACUUGGAGCCUGAAGUCACGAUCGACACAGUCCCAAAUGUGAAGAAACAGCAUCAAGUGAAUGUUGGUAUCUCCAAUUCAUUUGGGUUUGGUGGGCACAAUUCAGUGGUGGUUUUUGCUCCAUUCACUCCCUAAUAAUUUACACAGAGAACACUCAGAGAUGACAGACAGGCAGCUCCACUGGCAUUUGGUUGUUCUUCCUUCUCCUUUUAACAUUUUUUUUUUGGUCAAGGCAUAACACAAUAUAUUUUUUUCUUCUUCCUCUGCCAUCAUUUUCGUUUAGCAUUGAAGAUUAUGUUGUAUGCACCACCCCGUUUCUCAGGUCUACAUUAACCGAUACCAUAACCAAUACCGUUUUCGGUGUAUUUGGAGCGAUUGAACCAAUAAAACAUUUGCAUCCAUGUAUUCUUUGGAUUUCUUAACAGUC